AACGUUAACCAGUAACUGGGCAACUGCCGAAUCUGUCUUUCCAUAUUGGCUCUAAUAUUCAAACCAAAAACAAUGUUCGAUUGAAACGGAUUUUGAGCCACAAUGGCGGCAUCCACUGACUCGGAAUGCUACAGCAAGACAGUCAACGCUACAGUAUCCUCACAAACCUUGGGAGGCACCAGUGAAAGGAGGAAACAGACCCGCCAUUUUCCUGCAAGCCUCCAGUCCAUUUAAACCCAGCAGGGGGAGGCGAAAAAAGAUAAGAGACACAGAAGGAAAGAGAGCGAGAGAGAGAGAGAGGGGGAGAGAGUUAGAGUGUGUGGUACAGGGUGAGGGUAGGAGAAAGUGAGGACGUUAAAAUAAAAUUAAAAAGGAAGGCACUGGAUUUUUAUCUGCCUUUUAAGUCCAACGUCCCGUAAGCAUUUGCAUUAAGCUAACGUUACAUUGGGGUUUCUAGGACGGAUACGUGGAUACAAGCAAAAUUGUUUUUUAUCCUAUUGGUUUUUUUUUUUUUUUUUUUUGGUUUUUUUUUUUACGUGAGUCGCUUUACGGCCGGUCCUAUUUUUUCUUUCUUUCCUCUGUAUUUUGUGUCAGGUGGUGGAACCGUGGAAGCCCCCGAGGGCAAUCCCAAUUCCAUUGAAUCUGGAAGAUAUAACCGGUAUUUUAUUCUUUCUACAAAUCUGUGAAGAUGUCUGGACAAAGCAUUACGGAUAGGAUAACUGCAGCUCAACACAGUGUAACUGGUUCUGCGGUGUCCAAAACUGUAUGCAAGGCGACCACGCAUGAAAUAAUGGGGCCAAAAAAGAAACAUUUGGAUUACCUGAUCCAGUGCACCAAUGAGAUGAAUGUGAACAUCCCCCAGCUAGCCGACACGCUGUUCGAGAGGACCACAAACACCAGCUGGGUGGUGGUCUUCAAGUCCCUCAUCACCACGCACCACCUCAUGGUGUACGGCAAUGAGCGAUUUAUACAGUACUUGGCAUCAAGAAACACAUUAUUCAACCUGAGCAAUUUUUUGGACAAAAGUGGCUUGCAAGGUUACGACAUGUCAACUUUCAUCAGGAGGUAUAGCCGAUACCUGAACGAGAAGGCCAUGUCGUACAGACAAGUCGCUUUUGACUUCACGAAAGUGAAAAGAGGAGCGGAUGGAGUGAUGAGGACCAUGAACACAGAGAAGCUCCUGAAAACGAUUCCCAUAAUCCAAAACCAGAUGGACGCACUGCUCGACUUCAAUGUCCCCCAGGUCAAUGCCAAUGAACUCACAAAUGGGGUAAUCAAUGCAGCCUUCAUGCUUCUGUUCAAAGAUGCCAUCCGACUGUUCGCUGCAUACAACGAAGGGAUCAUCAAUCUCUUGGAGAAAUACUUUGACAUGAAGAAAACUCAAUGUAAAGAGGGCCUGGACAUCUACAAGAAAUUCCUCACUCGAAUGACGAGAAUCUCAGAGUUCCUGAAAGUGGCAGAGCAAGUGGGCAUCGACCGGGGGGACAUCCCAGACCUGUCGCAGUUUACGGUUUGUGCUCCAAGCAGCCUACUGGAUGCUCUAGAGCAGCACUUGGCCUCUUUAGAAGGUAAAAAGGUCAAAGACUCCACUGCGGCCAGCAGGGCCAGCACUCUCUCGAAUGCCGUGUCAUCGCUCGCAAACACCGGCAUAUCUUUCACCAAAGUGGAUGAAAGGGAAAAACAGGCGGCGCUGGAGGAAGAGCAGGCACGCUUAAAAGCACUUAAGGAGCAAAGGCUGAAGGAACUGUCAAAGAAGCCCUCUUCUUCAGCCACCACUGCAGCCUCACCCGUCUCCACCACCGGGGUCAGCAUUAGCACCGCCCCGGCCAUCGACCUGUUCUCCACACCCAGCUCCACAAACAGCGCCUCCAAGGUGGGGAGCGACUUGCUUGACUUGCAGCCAACGUUCCAGCCAGCCCUGCCCAUCUCCACUGGGUUGCCUGUAGCCAACACUUGGGGAGAUCCUUUCACUUCUACUGAAGCUGUCGAUGACUCCAUUCCAAACUUAAAUCCUUUCCUCACAAAACCCGUUGUCGACGCUGUCCAUCUACCUGUUGUGUCUUCUGACGGUGUUAGUUUUUCCUCUAGGACACCCAGUCAUGAAAUGUUCGGUGAUCAUUACAAUCCCUUUAUUGAUUCAAGUUCUUCUGUUGCAACCAAUUACGAACACGCAUGUGGGAUAGAGCAGUUUACCUCAGACUCCUUCUGCGGGCCUGCGCCUUACCCUAACGCCCCUCUCUUCCACUCUGAGUCUUCUGCUGUAGCUGGCUUAUUUGGAGGGUUCACGGCAUCUCCGACUCCUCAACCACAGACCUCAAGAGGCCUUAACGUCGACUUUGAGUCUGUGUUCGGCAAUAAGUCUGCCUCUGCCAACAACUCCGAUUCUGCCGAUGAUGUUUUAGGUGGGAUCCUGAAACCCACAGUGGCGUCCCCCAGUCAGGGCCUGCCCCCCAGCUGUCCGCCGCCUGGGAAACUGGUCUCGGACGACCUGGACUCCUCUCUGGCAAACCUCGUGGGCAAUCUGGGAAUUGGCAAUGGCACAACAAAAAAUGACAUCCACUGGAGUCAGCCUGGGGAGAAGAAGCUCACAGGCGGAACCAACUGGCAACCAAAGACUGCCCCCAGCACCACUUGGAACCCCGCCUCCAUGAAUGGCAUGCAUUUCCCACAAUACGCACCCGCUGUCAUGGCCUUCCCUGCAACGACGCCCACGGGGAUGGUGGCUUAUGGAAUGCCCCCACAGAUGGGCUCCAUGGCGAUGAUGACCCAGCCCACCAUGAUGUACACACAGCCCGUAAUGCGGCCGGCCAACCCCUUCGGCCCUGUCCCUGGGGCACAGCCCUCCGCAGCUUCUAGUCCCUCCAGUCAAAGUCCCCUCAGAGCUCCAGGAAAGGACCCCUUUGCACAGCUCUCUCUCAAGGAUUUCUUGUAGAGCGUCUUUAGAUGCAGUUCAUGUAGUGUGAAGGGAACCGUUGCUUUCCGAAGAUGAGGCGCAAAGCGGCAAAUACGUUCUCCUUUAAGCAAAAAUCCACUUUGCUGUUUCAGUCUUCGCUGAGAAUAUCAGCUCAGUAAAGGACUCAUGCAGGAAUCAAAGGGGGCGACAAUGGGGGAGACCGUGUUUAAAAUGGCACCGGAAGACUCUCCGCCUAUUUUGUAAUUUGUCUAACUAGAUAACAGUGUGAGCUGCUGUUAUCUCCCCGACAGAGGGAUACUCAACCUGUUUGAUGUCUGUAAAGAUAAAACAUGGGUGCCGAAUUUGGGGGUGGGGGUUGGG